AUGGCGGAAAAGACAACCAGCGCGGAAAGUUCGCAGACACUGCCUCGUCAGAGACACACAGGAGUGCCACUGAAGAGAACAAAAAGCGACGAUACGGACUUCGACGACUACUUUCAAAAAGUCGGAAUCAAUCAGCUCCUCCUCACAGUCCUCGGUUUCGUCGUCGGUCUCGCGCUCAGCUUCCGCUCGUCGACCGCCUACGAGCGCUACAACGAAGGCCGCAAGUACUGGGCGCAGCUCGCAUUCGUGUCACAGCAUCUUGCACGCUUGAUCUGGGUUCAUGCUGAAGAGAGACACACGAAAGAUCCGGUGGUGGGCAAGAAGGAUCUGCUGGGAAAGAUCAGCUGCCUCAACAUGAUCGUUGCAUUCGCUAUGGCGCUCAAACACAAGCUCCGUUUCGAACCGUACGCGCACUACGAGGAUCUGCAGCACAUUGUUGGACACUUGGACACGUAUGCGAAGGCUGCCGACCAGCCCACGCCUCCACGCAAGCAAAACAUCUUCAAGACGGCCGGCCAGUUCCUCGGCCUCCCGUUUGCCGAGUCCAACCCGCGGAAGCUACUCAAGAAGUCAAACGUGCCCCUUGGUAACCUACCCCUCGAAAUCCUCACCCACCUGUCCGCCUACAUGAAAUCCAUCUAUGACAACGAGACCCUCAAAGUCUCCGUCUACCAAACCCAAUCCCUUGCCGCCCUACAGACAAUGAACGACGUGCUCUCUGGUACCGACCGUAUCCUCAGCACACCGCUGCCCAUCGCGUACACCAUCGCCAUCAGCCAGAUCACGUGGGUGUACAUCUUGCUGCUCCCAUUCCAGCUGUUCAAGAGUCUGGGCUGGGUGACGAUCCCAGCGAGCGUGUUUGCAGCGUACAUCAUCCUGGGGAUUGCGCUUAUUGGCCGCGAAAUUGAGAACCCCUUCGGCUCCGACGUGAAUGACCUCCCACUCGACGCCUUCUGCGGGCAGAUCCGCGCCGACAUCGACCUCAUCAUGUCGAAGCCCGCGCCUACGGUGGACGAAUUUCUCAUGAAUGAUGCCAAUGAGAUGCUGUACCCGCUCAGCAAUCUCGGCGGCCGGGCUUUGGCUGAGCAGAGCGUCGAGGAAAUUAGGGAAAAGUUGGCCCAGAAACCUCGGGUGCACUAUAAACACACUGAAUCCGAGGAGGGUGAGAUGGUCAGGAACAGUGAUAAUGUGUAGAUUGCGAGAAGCGACGAGCGUGGUGGUAGGGAGCCGAAGCUAUUGAUGGUGUGAGGAGUUCUAUACCCUGAGGUUUGGAUUCGAAUGGUUGCAAGUGGAGCAUUUGGUGAUAUUCC